CAAGUGCAUUCAUUAUUAUUGAUCUUUGCUAGGAGGAUAUCCAAGGAGUACAACACAAGUGACAGACAGGAUAUAAGAUCAUGGACGAUUCGAGUCCGGGGGGAAUCGCAGGUCCCAUGGAGUGUAGCAUCUACCAAAACUACUCGGCCUCUGAAGUUCUGGUACAGAGCUUGGCCGGAGUCGUCAACCAACAGGAUGUCGAGUCUAUGGUUAGGGCUCAGAAGAAAAUGCUCCAAAGGUUUGAGAAAACCAAUGAAAUGCUCUCGAAUUGUAACACCCUCUCUGCUACGCGAUUUGAGCGAGCUCAGAGGGAUUUCAAGGCCCACACAGCUCAAAUCUUGGAGAUGCGCAAAGAUCUGGAUGUGGUUCUACGACGAAUUCACAAUCUGAAGACCAAGAUGGCGCUUCAGAACCCUGAGGCUUUUAGAGCGGCUGGAGGUCGAGAAGGGCCCUUAGCGGAAGAGGACGACGAGUAUGAUGUCAUGAUCAAGGAGAAGAAAGCUCAAGAUGCGGCCAAAAGCCAAUCCAAAUCCAAUCAAGUGUCGAGUCCGACGGGCACCAAGCCCAAGAACAAGAACUAGUUAGCUUCGCAGUGACCGAGUGCGUUCAAUUAAAACGGCUGUGAUUUUGCCGCACUGGGCGUCGUGUUUAAUAAACAUUUGAACAUGA